UGGACAGCACAGCCUGGACCCGGGCUCCGGGGGACCCGGCUCGGGGCAGAAAGCAGCCUUUUAUAGCCGGCACGCCGGGCUGCGGCUCACACCUACACACUCCGCUGCCGAGCACAGCGCCGCUGCCGGGACCCACGGCCCCGCCCGCCGCUGCCCAUGGCGCCGCUGCCCCCGCUGCUGCUGCUGCUGCUGCUGCCGGCGGCCGUUUAUAAAGGCACUUUUGGGGAAGCCCGUUUGAGAAAUCGAAGAGGAAUUCUGGAACUGGCCGGAGCCAUCAGAUGCACCACAGGGCGCUCUCCCUUUGCCUACCUGCGCUAUGGAUGCUACUGUGGCCUGGGAGGAAAAGGAUGGCCCAAGGACAGAGUAGACUGGUGCUGCUUCCACCACGACUGCUGCUAUGGGAGGGCAGAACAAGCAGGUUGCCAGCCAAAGACUGAAAGUUACCACUGGGAAUGCAAAGACAAUUCUGCUGUGUGUGACUCGCUAGAAGAUAAAUGUCAAAAAAUGGCAUGUGAAUGUGACCGUGAAGCUGCCAAAUGUUUUUCUAAAGCUCCCUACCACAGAAAAUACCUUUUGUGGCCAGACUUUAUGUGUGGUGAGAUUCAGCCUUUGUGUAGGUAUUAGAUACGUAACUCUUAUAUAUAUAUUUAAAUCUAAAAUUACUUUUUUUUUUUGGCCACAGUAACGGCAAGAAAUUAUUUUCCCCUUUCUUGAUACUCUUUCAUUCCACCUCAGCCUCUCCACCUCAAAAUAUAAAUGUAAAAAAGUAUACAUUUUUCCUGUUCUUUACUUUCUCCCAUGCAUUUAUUAUUGACUAAAUAGAAAUUUGAGUUUAUUAUCUUAAGGAGUAACUGACAAUGUUAAUUUUUGUUUAUAUUCAGAUUCACAGAUUAUUCAGAUUGAUAAUAUUAUUCACUGUGAAUUUUUUAUCCCCCCUUCAAAUCAAACUUCUCGACUAACAGACCUUAGCAUUUGUUAACUUUGAACUGACUGGAAAAAGUUCAUGAAGUGACAGUGUCAGCACAAAGAGCCCUCUCAUCUACAUUAAACACUUACUACAAAGCC